GGUUAAAUAUCUUUGACAAACCCUCGGCAACAGUAGAUGUAGGUAAGAAGCGGUGCGGCAGUAUUUCGAGGAUGGAGGAGAUAUUGAAAAAGCUGCUGGUGUCUGACAGUGCUGUCAUUAAGGAGGGCAGCAAAGAACUGAAAGAGGCUUUCAAGCAACCGGACGUUAUACCACUUUUAUGUAAUGUUGUCGGGUCAUCAGACAAUCCUCAAAUACGCCAAUAUGCUGCCGUAUUGCUUAGGAAGAGGCUUGGACGAAGGAGACAUUGGAUGAAACUACCAGAGGAUCUGAGAAAUAAGAUCAAACAAGGUAUACUGGAGACUUUGGUCAAAGAACAGCAGAAAAGUGUGAAGACUUCCAUUGCACAAUUUGUUGGAAUCCUGGUGAAACAUGAGCUACCAAGCCAGAGCUGGCCCGAAGUCCUGCAGUUUAUUCAGCAGCUGUGUUCUAGUGAAAACUAUGCAGAUAAGGAACUUGGGAUGUACACCCUCAGUGUCAUCACGGAAAUCUCUGCGGACCAAUUUCUUAACCAUGGAAGACACCUGGCCUUCUUAAUUAUGAAUAUGAUGAACAAUGAAGAUUUGGGGUCUCAAGUUGUCUAUUACACACUUUUGACAAUGAUUCAUGUUUUGCCAAUUUUUGAAGGUGAUGUUGAAAUGAUGGGUACUUAUCAAAAACUCAUGCCAAGAAUUCUGCAAUCCGUUGAAGUCUUUGCGCGUACUGAUGAGAACAAGGCUUGUGAGGUUAUGGAGCUAUUUGAUUUAUUAACAGAGACUGCAAUAACAGCAAUUAUUCCCUUUAUUAAACCACUUGUUGAAAUGUGUCUUAACUUCUCCUGCAAUCAGGAGUUGGAUGUUACAUUGCGUGUCAAAGCAAUCAACUUAAUAGGAUGGAUAACAAGAUUAAAGAAGAAGGCUAUAAUAAAAUAUAAACUGAUACCAUCUAUAGUGAAUACACUUUUCCGGUUGAUGUGUCUUCCACCUGAUGUAGAUGAAGUGGAUGAUUGCUUCAUUAUUGAUGGCGAAUCAAAUACGCCAGUUACUUGUGCUACACAAACUUUAGAUGUGUUGGCUCUCCAUUUACCACCAGAAAAACUGUUCACUCCAUUGAUGGAAUUUGUUCAGCCGGGUCUUGAAGGGGAAAACAUAUUUGCAAAAAAGGCAUCCUAUCUUGCUCUGGCUGUUGUCGCUGAAGGCUGUGCUGAAUAUAUAAGAAAUAAAUACUUGAAAGUGUUCCUGCAGUUCAUUUGCAAGGGUAUAACAGAUGAAACACCUGUCGUCAGAAAUGCUGCACUAUAUGCAUUGGGACAAUUCUCCGAACAUCUUCAGCCUGAUAUAAGCCAAUAUGCAUCAGACUUGCUGCCUGUUUUGUUUGAGCACUUAGGCCAAUUGUGUGUGCAGUUGCAGCAAAGUGGGAAAGAACCACCAGGCCUAGAUAGGACUUUCUAUGCAUUAGAAAUGUUUUGUGAAAAUUUGGAGCAAGAAAUACUACCUUACCUUCCCACACUAAUGGAAAGAUUGUUUGCAACAAUGGCAAAUACAAACCUACCUCAUGCACAUGAGCUAGUGCUAAGUGCUUUCAGUGCAGCAGCAAAUGCUGCCAAGGAGGGAAUGAUCCCAUAUUUUCCCAAAAUAACAGAAUGCUUAAGACUUUAUUUGACUGAUGAAAUAAAGGAAGAAAUUUCGUGCCAGGUUCAGGCAUUGGAUACGUUAGGUACAAUGGCACGAGCUGUGGGAGCAGAAAACUUUUUGCCAUUAGCAGAAGAAAGCAUACAACUAGGUUUGAAAUUUGUUCAACAUAAAGAUGAACCUGAUUUAAGAAAAGCAGCAUUUGGUCUGUUUGCCUCUCUCGCAUCAAUUAUGAAAGAAGAAAUGCAUUCUGUGUUGCCUACUAUUGUAGAGAUUAUGAUGGAAUCCAUAAAGAGUACUGAUGGACUUGUGCCAACGUACAAAGAUGAUGAAAAUGAUUUUCAAAUAUAUGAUUUAAGUGACACAGCAGAUGAGGAGGACAUUGAAAAUGAGUCAGGAGAUGAUGAUGAAGAUGAUGAUUUCCAAGACUAUACAGUGGAAAACUCCUAUAUGGAAGAGAAGGAAGAGGCUUGUUUGGCAUUGAGAGAGCUGGCUCUGCACACAGGUCCUGCUUUCCUGCCGCACCUUGAAGGCUGUUUUGAAGAGGUUUACAAGCUGCUAAAUUACCCUCAGGAUGAUAUCCGCAAAGCAGCGAUUGAAACACUUUCACAGUUCUGCAUCAACUUCUCAAAGAUAGAUACACCAGCAGGAAAAGCAGCUUUGAUGAAAGCAUUAUCCAUGUUCGUUCCUAAGUGUGCUGAACUAAUUCGCAUGGAUGAAGAAAGGGAAGUAGUAACAACUGCCCUCGAAGCGUAUACUGAGUUAUUGAAGGAAGUAAAGCACCCUGUUCUGGAAGGGGAAGGGCAUAAAGAUGCCAUAAUUAAUUGCAUACAGGAUGUUAUGACUUUCAAGACGGAAUGUCAGGAUAAAGAUGACGACGAUACAAAUAUAGCAGAUGACGAGCCAGAUGCAGAACAAGAUGAACUGCUGCUGGAGUGUGCUGGUGAUGUUUUGCCAGCAUUAGCAAAAGCUAUGGAUCAGGAAACAUUUGCACAAUAUUAUGGUAUGCUGAUGCCACUUUUCCUGAAAAACACAAGGAAAAGAUGUUCAGCUUCACAACGUUCAUUCUCAGUUGGUACUUUGGCAGAAUGCUUGCCCGAAUUAGGACCAUACACCAAAGAGUUCGCACCACAGCUAUUACCAGUGUUCUUACAGCUUACAGAAGAUGAAAGUGAGGAAGUGCGCAACAAUGCAAUCUUUGGAGUAGGUGUGCUGUGCCAAUUUGGAAAGGAAGCUCUCUUUUCUCACUAUCAACAAAUACUGAUGGCUCUGUCAAAUGCUGUUGGAAAAGAGAAAUACCCAUGCACAUUAGACAAUAUUUGUGGUGCCUUGGCUAGGCUUAUCAUGACUAACAUUGAAGGAGUACCAGUUCAUCAGGUAUUUCCUGUAUUUGUGGAGUAUUUACCCUUAAGGGAGGAUUUUGAUGAGAACAAGACAGUGUACGAAUGCCUCCUGUACUUGUAUCAGCUAGGCCACCCACAGCUGGUGGCACAUCUCGGUGCCCUUUUAGCAUCAAGUUUUCAAGUCCUACACAAAAAACAGGGCACCACAGAUACUUUGGAUCUAGUCAAAAACUUUGUGCACCAAGUGCACAGAGAUUUCCCACAAGAGUUCAAUACAACAUUAGCUGGUAUAUCUGCAGAGGUAGUAUCCUCUUUGCAAAUACCAUAAAUUAAUUGGACUGAUCGAAAUAACGAACAUUUUUGUUAGCUUUGCAUUGGCGUGAUGUUAAAUAGAAAGACUGCUCCAUGAUUUUCGUGUUAUUUUGUUCAUAGUUUUGUUGGUGUUCCAUGUUUCAGUGUUGUAAGAAAAGUUUGCAGUUUGUACUACCCAUAUUUUGUGGUUUAUUGAAGUUAUAUUCUCCAUAAAACUUCCUUUUGUCUGCAAAUUGAGACCCAAAUCCUAAGAGUUUAUUAUUUGAGAGUAGCAGAGAGUGUUCACUAAAUGAAAUUGGACCCUUCAAAUUUCAUAUCAAUCUCAGGUGAUGGAAAAAUAAUACAUUUGUAUGGCAACUGUUAAUACUCAUUGUUUCAUUAUGAAGACUGAGAUUUCUUGAAUAUGUUCACUACCAUUGAAAGCAAUGAAAAUGGGAUUUCUCACCAUUUUGUGGGUUUGUUAUGUGCUAAGGUUCGAAAGAAAAUGUUAUGUCCAAGAGCAUGUAAAUUAUUGUUAUGAGUGGCGACUGGUAUAACAACUAGUCUGCAUGCCAAAUCUUCGCACUGUUUUCAGUGUAAACUAUAAAUGUUUUUGUGACAGUGAAAACUUACUGUGUAUGCUACUAGAUUAUUUUACAGAACAGGCAGCAAAAAUUAAUUUUCUGAAGUACUUUCCAAUCUGAUAAAUAUAUAUAUCUUCAUUUACCACAAGAGGUGCAUGUUGUGACCAUAAAAGAAAGUUAUAUUCCAUAGCUUUGAUAUUUUAAUUAUUUAUUUCUUAUUCAUUAUUAGACUUAAAUGUUUAUAUAUUUUUAACGAUUUUCUAUGUUAUGAUUUAAGAUUAGUGCUUGG